CUUCGGAAUCAGUAGAGCUGCUGGCUAGGGUUUGGAGCGAUGGUGCCCGAGGCUGCGACUGGCGGGGAGGAGGCGGAGGUGCCUCUCAGCGAUGGCGGCGCAGCUAUGGACGAGGUAAAUGCCGCUGCUCCUGCGCCUGAGGAAGACGAAGGAAAGGAGGAGAAUGCAGAGAACGGGGAGGAAGAGGAACAAGAAGCCACAGUGGAGAAUGCCGCGAAGCUGUUUGAGUCGGGAUGCAAUGCUCUCAAGGCUGGAGAUUUAGAGAGCGCAUCGAAUGAUCUCUGCAAGGCGCUAGAAAUGAGGGUGAUGCUUCACGGCGAGCUUGCUCCAGAGUGUGCAUCGGCUUACUACAAGUAUGGGUCGUGUCUUCUCUACAAGGUUCAAGCGGAGAGGGAUAUUUUCUCCGAGGCUACUCCGGCUAAGGAGAAAGGAGUAACGAUUUCUGAGCCAGCAGAAGCGGAAGAAGAGAGCAAUGAAGCAGAGGAGAAAGUUGAAGGAGAAGACGGUGAAGAUAUCCAGGAAGAAGAGGAGUCUGAUUUGGAGCUAGCCUGGAAGAUGAUGGACAUUGCACGGGUGAUCCACGAAAGGCAGCACACGCACACUUUGGAGGAGGUGGAUGUAAUCUCUGGCCUGGCUGACAUAAGUCUCGAGAAAGAGGAUUUUCAAACUUGUUUGGAUGACUACAGCAAAGCACUGGAAAUUCUCAAGGGACUCGUGGAGCCGGAUAAUCGUCAACUGGCAGAGCUAUAUUUUAAGAUGGCUCUGGCGAAGCAGCUCUCGAAAGCUCCCAAAGAAGCGAUCGAGUGCUGUCACCUGGCUGUGGCUGUUUGCGAGAACCGCCUGGAAAGGCUCAAAGGAGAGGUCACUUGUCGAGACGAGGAGAUCAAGGAAAUGGAAUUGCUGCUUGUUGAUCUCAAAGAAAAGGUGGACGAGCUGCAUCAAAUGGCUGCCGCUCCUCCACUCUUGGAAGUCUUGGAAGCAGAGAACCCUGUAGUGGCGGAGACUGUGAAGCAGACAUUCAUGGCCGUGGCUGAUAUGGCGAGCAAUGGAAGCAAGGCACCGAUGGAGACAACAACAACAACGAUGACAACUCCCUCCACUUCCAAGGACGCGGUAAUAAAUCUGGGAGUUGUGGGACGAGGGAUCAAACGUGCUACUCCAGUCCUGAUCACUGACAAUGGAAGCGUCGCCAAAGUUUCAAAGGCAUUCGAGGGAGACACGGCAUCCGCUGGAGAUGGAUCAUCGAAAAAGGCAGACUAGUCUUCCAUCGACUUCAUAACGUUGAGAGUACCAAACGAUGCCUUUUGGAAGAGAAAGAGACACUCCAAGUCCAAGAAAAAAAUUGUUUCUUUCAACUGACUGAAGCUCAUAGCCAAGACCAAGGAAUUUUACUUGUCGAGAGAAGAGAGGAGAAAUCUGUGACAAUGUCAAAACGUGGAAGAAAGCAAACAAAAGAGAAGCCACGUAGCUAUGCACGUUUGAAAAAA